GAGGGGGAGGAGGGAGGAGCAGCUGGAGGCUCAGAAGAGAGGAGGACGAGCAUGAAGGAGCUUCACUGAGCAGCAAACACACAACGCAGCGAUGGGAAACUCGGACAGUCUCGUCGUCUCUCCGGCUGUAUCCUCCGCCUCGCUACGUUUCUCCUCCAGGAGGGAGGAGCUGCCGUCGGCCCGAAGCUGGUGGAGGAGUCAGGGAGUCAGUGGGAGGAAGGGGAGGACGAACACCCCCCAAAACACCUUCAUUCCCAACAAGACCUUCCCCCCCAACAACACCGUCACCCCCAAAAACUCCUUUACCCCCAACAACACCUUCACCCCCAACAUCACCUUCACCCCCCCACCUUGCACCUCCUGGAGCUACCAGUCCGGAGCAGCCUCUCCUGAAAGGCGGCACGCUGGGCUCUUCUCUGGGGGGAGUAACGGGGCUGGAGGGGGGGGUGGCUCCCCCAAAGUGCUGCUCACUAAAGACGGCAGUAACAACAGCUCGCUCAGCUCCGACGGGUCCUGGUUUGAUUCCCCAUGGGGGGGGGAGCUGACGGACAACCCCCCCUCCACCACCUUCUCCUCGGGGGACAGCGGCCUCGGAGACUCUCUGAUCCUGAUCCCUGUGUUGAAGACUCUGAAACCCCCAUGGCCCCCGGUAGACCCCCAAAUAUCUCAUUUAUUACUGACCCCCCCUCCUUCCCCACCUCGAUGGAUGCCUCUUCUUCUUCCUCCUCCUCCUCUUCGUCAGCGCUGGUGUUGCAGUGUAACUCCCCCCCCCCCCGCUGCCGCCCCUGGGAACAGCCGCAAAGACUUCCUGAAGAGCGUCCGCCGCCUCAGCGACUGGACAGGAAGUCUGACCCGGAAGAAGAGGAGGGUCCAG